AAUUUACAAUUAUAUAUAAUUAUAGAAUCAGAAAUAUUACAUGGUUAUCUUUCAUACCUCAUUAGAAUUUUAUUUUCUACCAUUAUUUAAACUAAUUUUUACUGCUAAAUCAUCACAAAAUAUAUAGUGAGGUAUAACCACCAAGGAAUGAGCAACGAGGACUUGAUGUGCAAAUGUCCACCGGAUAGUAAUGAUCGUAAUCCUAGAGUCGUAUAGGUAAUAAUUUGCUUCAGAAAUAUAAAUGUUUUCUUGUUCUUUCUUGUAGAUCCAUCUCCUGAAAUUUAACUGUUCAAGAUGAAGAUUUUGUUGGCGAUUACCUUUUUUAUUUUAAUUUCCUUGUGGGUUGAAGAAGCCUAUUCUAAAGAGAAGUCUUCAAAGAAGGGGAAGGGGAAAAAGAAGCAGUAUCUAUGCCCAUCCCAGCAGUCAGCAGAGGACCUUGCCCGAGUCCCUGCCAACUCCACUAGCAAUAUCUUGAAUAGGCUCCUGGUCAGUUAUGAUCCCAGGAUAAGACCAAAUUUCAAAGGCAUUCCUGUUGAUGUCGUAGUCAACAUUUUUAUCAACAGUUUUGGAUCCAUUCAAGAGACAACAAUGGACUAUCGAGUUAACAUCUUCCUGAGACAAAAAUGGAAUGAUCCCAGGCUGAAACUCCCCAGUGAUUUUCGGGGCUCGGAUGCCCUGACAGUAGAUCCCACAAUGUACAAGUGUCUGUGGAAACCUGAUUUGUUUUUUGCAAAUGAAAAAAGUGCCAAUUUUCAUGAUGUAACCCAGGAAAAUAUCCUCCUCUUUAUUUUUCGGGAUGGAGAUGUCCUUGUCAGCAUGAGGUUAUCUAUUACUCUUUCAUGCCCAUUGGACUUGACCUUGUUUCCCAUGGAUACACAACGUUGCAAGAUGCAACUUGAAAGCUUUGGUUACACAACUGAUGAUUUACGAUUUAUCUGGCAGUCAGGGGAUCCUGUUCAGUUAGAAAAAAUUGCCUUGCCUCAAUUCGAUAUUAAAAAGGAGGAUAUUGAAUAUGGUAACUGUACAAAAUACUAUAAAGGCACUGGGUACUACACCUGCGUGGAAGUCAUCUUCACCCUGCGGAGGCAGGUUGGGUUCUACAUGAUGGGCGUUUAUGCCCCGACUCUGCUGAUUGUGGUUCUUUCCUGGCUUUCCUUCUGGAUCAACCCAGAUGCGAGUGCUGCCAGAGUGCCACUGGGUAUCUUUUCAGUACUCAGCUUGGCCUCUGAGUGCACCACCCUUGCUGCUGAACUGCCCAAAGUAUCCUACGUAAAGGCCCUUGAUGUGUGGCUCAUUGCUUGUCUUCUCUUUGGGUUUGCUUCCCUUGUGGAGUAUGCUGUUGUCCAGGUGAUGUUAAAUAACCCCAAAAGAGUUGAAGCAGAAAAAGCCAGAAUUGCUAAGGCUGAGCAAGAUGGAAAAGGUGGAAAUGUGGUUAAAAAGAACACUGUGAAUGGUACAGGGACUCCUGUUCACAUUAGCACUUUGCAGGUUGGUGAGAACAGAUGCAAAAAAGUUUGUACUUCUAAGUCUGACCUGAGAUCUAAUGACUUCAGCAUUGUUGGAAGCUUACCAAGAGAUUUUGAAUUAUCCAACUAUGACUGCUAUGGAAAGCCUAUUGAAGUCAACAAUGGACUUGGGAAAUCUCAGGCAAAGAACAACAAGAAGCCUCCCCCUGCCAAACCCGUUAUUCCAACAGCAGCAAAGAGAAUUGAUCUUUAUGCAAGAGCGUUGUUCCCUUUCUGCUUCUUGUUCUUCAAUGUUAUAUAUUGGUCUGUAUAUUUAUGAUACAUUGUUUCCAUUUCAAUUUAAAAAAUCCCAUUUCAUUGUGACCAACCUCAUUCAUAAAUGCCAAUCUGUGAAAAUUUUUGCAUUUUCAUAGCAAUAUAUUGCAUUUUGGAUGCCAUUUGAUUAUAAAAAAAAUGUGGCACCUUAACUUUGAAUGGCAGCAUGGUCUUGUUACAUCUGCUCUAAUAAUGAUGUAUAUAGGUAUAGCAAACUUAUUGCUCUAGGAAUAAAUGGGGGAUAAGCUCACUACAUAAAAUAAAGUUCAAACAAUUCUCUCACUUAGUGUAAACUGCAAAUACUUCAGAUAAUUCUGAUAAUAAAAUGACAUGCACGCUGAAUCCUGCUAUGAUCACCAUUCUAAUGUAUGUAGUAUUUCAAAUUUCCUUCCUUGUAACUUUCAGAGAAAGCCAUCUUAUUCUUGUAUAAUUUUCAAUGGUAUUAUCAGAGAUUAAGCAAAGUUAUAUUACACAUUGUUUAAACUUUGUAAGUAGAAAUAUAUCAGCUAUAAUUACGUGGGCACUGUGGAGAAAUAAAGUUCAUAAAUUUACCGAUUUAUAAAAUCA